AACCAGAAGAAGAAGAAGAAGACGAAGAAGAACCAACUACUUCUAAAUAUGGGCAUGAAACCGAUGAGAGGCAGCUCGCUUUGGCAGCUGUGAAGUGCAAUACCAGUGUAUUUGUUGUAAGUAGUAAUUAUACCGGUGUGAUUUUCUACGUAACUGGUUUUAAGAAUAAAUGUCCAGAUUUCCGUGCUGCUUUGAAAGCAGCAGGGCAGCCUGUCAGGCUCCAGCAACCAGGAACAGCAGGGGCAGGUGGAGAAGCUGAAGAUGUCACCCCCUCCACCUCCUCCUGCUUCGUGUCCACCACCUCCAGCAGCAAUGAAGAAGCUGUACCAGACCAUAGCCAGCAGUAGGAUUCCUGUGGAGGGGGAUCACACUGAGGCUUGCCUGCUGCUCAGACAGAGGGAGAGCUGUUUCAGGCAGGAUCUGCAGUGGUUCCUGGUAAACACAUAUGUGCCUUCGCUCAUCCAAGACGGCCCACAGUGUGGUUUGGUGGCUCUGUGGAUGGCUGCUCACCUGCGACAGCCUCAGCUGAAUCUCGACAUGGAGACGGUGGUUCAGACAGCAGUGAGGAGGGGGUACACUGCACAGGGGGAAAUGUUUUCAGCGUUCAACAUGGCCCUGCUGGCAGAAGAGCUCUGUGUCUGUAAGGCUGAACUGCUGUCAGGAGGUUUGGGUGGUGGAAACGCUGCAGCCAUCAUCAAACACCUUUGGAGGGGGCAACCUGUUCUCAUCCCGUAUGACGAGGACUUCAACCAUGAGCCAUGCCAGCGUAACGGUCACAGGGCGCACUGGGCUGUUGCUUCGGGUGUGCUCCUCUGUUUGGACAAGGGAAGUGUAAACGAGCACGCUCAGCCCGAUCCCACUCUGCCCUGGCUCUACCUCGCUAACAGCCACGUUCCUUGUCCCAUUAAAGACACGAGUGCCACAGAGGUUUAUGUCCUUGCCAAGCAGGGCAAGAGCCUGCGCUACCAGCUGUGGAGUCUGGACAGCGUCGCCCAGAGCAACGGGCAGCUGAAGACGAUGGGCCAGCUGAGAGCCAAUGAUGGGAUCCAGUACGUGGUUCCUGAGGGAGGAGUGGAGGCCGGGCUCGCGGGGCAGGCGGUUUUACUCCACACAAAAACUCUGGGGCAGGAACCAAAGUGACCCACAUCCUCCCGAACAGUCACUAUGUAACAUCAGCAUAAAUAUUUACCAGGAGGAGCUUUAUCUUAUCAAGAGCUAAAAUGUCACAAUCCAACAAAUGCAUCGUUUAACAAAUAAAUAUUUAAACAUGUGAUGGUUUACAUAAAACUGUUAGAAAUACAUUAAAUACUUUAUAUUUAGUCUGAACAUCACAAAUAUUGAGAAGUUUGUAAAUAUUUCAGUAUUUAUGUAGUUUCCAGUGCUGCAGUCCUUCAUUAUAGUUUUAUUUGUGAUUGCUCAUCAAAUAAACGUUAAGUUUUAUUAGUUAACCUUCAUAGCGGUUUAACUGCUGACCAAUCACCGUGACUGUAACGCCGUUAGCCCUGCCCACUGGUUUACAUUUAAAUAUAUUUAAAAUAGUCAAUGCACACAUUGACUAUUUUAUUGAAAUCAUCACAUAUAAUUUUUGAAAAUGUAUGGAUUGUGGCACUUUUUGUUCUAAUCUUUCAUGCUUUCAACCUGCUUCAUUUUCUCCACUAACUCAACAGAUUUGAACAGAUUUAAAACCAUAGUGAAAUAAAAAAAAAAAAGAAGGUUCCAUGUA